CCCAUCCACAACUGCCAUUCUCCUCCCCAUCCACAACUGGCAUUUUCCUCCUCAUCCAGAAAUGCCAUUUCCCUCCCCAUCCAGAAAUACCAUUCCCUUCCCUAUUCACAGCUGCCUGUCACCAUUUCCCUUACCAUUCACAUUGUUAUUCUUUUCAUAUUGUAGCACACUUGUUACAGGCAACAGGUGUUACCUUCAAGUAAUACAGGUGUGGCACUACUGGGGACUAGUGUUUGGCAGUACCAGUUCUCACAUCACAACAUACACAAAUAGCUGCACAGGUGCAGUAAUAUGUGAAAAGCAGACUAAUGUUACAGAUACAUUCAGUAGUAAUAGCAGGAACUAUGGCAUGCAUUCUUUACUGGAGUGGAGCUUGGCAGUUUGUCUUUGGAUUCAUGAGCUCCAUACUCAUCUCAUCUUGCUCGCAGUUGUUUCUUUACACAAAUUUUCUAAGUUAUAUACCUGUGAAUGAAGCCAGUUCAUCAGAAAUGGAAGAAAUCAGUACAAAGCUGGCAGAGGAGCACAAGACAAUGACCGACAAUCUAAAUUUACUGGUAUUAUAUGUGGAAAAACUUGUUGAAAUCAACAAGGAAGGAGAAUCUGACAGAGAGGAGGAGGAUUUUUUAAAUCAGAUGCUUCCUGUGGUGGACCAAUUAUUUAAUGAAGCGCUGAAAUUUGAAGGCUAUUUGAAUGAGGACUUACGGAUUAUUUUUCACAAAACUAAAGAACAGUACAAUGCUCUUAAAGAAAAUCUCCUGAAAAAGCAUGAGAAGAAAAGCACAGGGCAGAGAAAGGGAGAAUAUAUGGAUAAUGAAAGUGACAAAGGUGUGGAAAAUGAAGACAUAUUCAGUUACAUAGGGAAUACUAAAUUUAGCAACGAGCUUUAAAAAUUUGUGAAACCUUGUAUUUGCUAUUUUGCAAUUCCCCCCUCCCUACCCCAAAAAAAAUUAAAAUUAGAAAUGUCUUGCAUCUUUUACAGCCCAUUAAUUGUGGUAGUGGUACAGGUCGGCCAUCACUAAUCCGGCAUCAUUGGGACCUGUAGUGAGUUUGCCGAAUUACAGAAUGGUUAGGUUAGAAUACACUUAACCUAUCAAAAGAGAGACUUUCUGCACAUCUUCCUCAUUUUCAUCACUGCUUUCUCCUCCAUUGGCUUGCUGCUGUGCAUUUACAACCAUCUGCACAAUUUCUGAGUCAGUAUAAUGAUGAAAUUUGAAAUUAUGCUAGCCAAAACUAGUGGCGGAUUACUGAUGGAACCGGAUAACUGAUUGCUGGAUUAGUGAUGGCCGACCUGUAUUAUUAUAAUCAAAACUAAGCACUAAACCCAGCAGGGUCAUAUAGUGCUGCAUUUGGUAAAGGUAGAGUACAUACAUGAUAACAUAUUGGUUUUCAAAUAGUUUUCAAUGUAUGGAACAAUCUUCAGAGUAAGGUAAUUGAUGCUAGGACCCUAGGUAGCUGUAAAAAGAUAUAGGGCAAAUAUAUAUGAUUGGGAGUUCUUUUUUCCAUAUGUAUACAACAGUUUCUGUAUGACAGGAAAUAUGGUAUAUACAUGUAUGUAUGUAUGUAUGUAUAUAUAUAUAUAUAUAUAUAUAUAUAUAUAUAUAUAUACAGUGGACCCCCGGUUAACGAACUUUUUUCAUUCCAGUAGUAUGUUCAGGUGCCAGUACUGACCGAAUUUUUUCCCAUAAGGAAUAUUGUGAAGUAGAUUAGUCCAUUUCAGACCCCCAAACAUACACGUACAAACGCACUUACAUAAAUGCACUUACAUAAUUGGUCGCAUUUGGAGGUGAUCGUUAA